UACAACACUAUAUAAACACAUAUAAGUCAUAAAAGAGUUACCACAAUCAAAUUUCUGUACAAUACCCCCCUACCCAAUAAAUAUAUUUUGUUCUUUAAAACCCCCAAAAAAACAUUUUUUUCUUUUCUCCAUCUGAAAAAAAAAACUCCAUGGAUUAUGUUCAAUCUUCUGAGCAUCUUUGCUACGUCCGUUGCAAUUUUUGUAACACUGUUUUAGCGGUUGGAAUUCCAUACAAGAGGCUAAUGGAUACUGUGACAGUGAAAUGUGGCCAUUGUAGCAAUCUUUCAUUUUUAACUACUAGACCUCCAAUUCAAGGUCAAUGCUUUGAUCAUCAACCCAAUAUUCAGGGCUAUUGUAGUGAAUUAAAAAAUAAGGGGCAAGCUUCAUCAUCUACCUCAUCAACUUCUAGUGAACCUUUAUCUCCAAAGGCACCUUUUGUUGUAAAACCUCCUGAGAAGAAACACAGGCUUCCAUCUGCCUACAAUCGAUUCAUGAAGGAAGAGAUACAACGUAUCAAAUCUGAAAAUCCAGAGAUACCACAUAGAGAAGCUUUCAGUGCAGCUGCUAAAAAUUGGGCUAGGUACCUUCCUAAUCCACCAAAUUCUGGAAAUACCAACAAUGUUUAGAUGUUGAAUUGAAGCAAAUAUUGGGACUAUAUUAUAAGUAUGUAAUAAUGACAUAGUUAAGUUUGUUGGACUUGUCCUAUAGUUUGUGUUUGGGUCUUACCUAAUUUGCUAUUUUUAAAAAAGUUUAUCCUAUGUUAUAUAAUAUUAUUAUUAUUAUUAUUAU